UGGUGGAAAAGGGGGUGACAAGCCCGGCAAGUCUGCCAUGCCCUCUGCCACUCCCACCGGUGGUUCCGGCGGCGGUUCCGGCGGCGGAGAGUGCAAAGGAGGCGGUGGUGAAGGUGGUGGAAAAGGAGGUGACAAGCCCGCCAAGUCCGCUAAACCCUCUGCCACUCCCACCGGUAUUGGAGGCGGCGGCGGCGGCGGCGGUGGUGGUUCCGGCGGCGGAGAGUGCAAAGGAGGCGGUGGUGAAGGUGGUGGAAAAGGGGGUGACAAGCCCGGAAAGUCCGCCAAACCCUCUGCCACUCCCACCGGUGGUGGAGGCGGCGGUGGUGGUGAAGGUGGUGAAAAAGGGGGUGACAAGCCCGGCAAGUCCGCCAUGCCCUCUGCCACUCCCACCGGAAAAGGGGGUGACAAGCCCGACAAGCCCGACAAGCCCGGCAAGAACCCCGGCAAGAACCCCGGCAAGAACCCCGGCAAAACCCCCAAGAAGAAGUGCGGCAAGCUUCGGUUGAAAGCCAAGGGCUCCGUCACUGGGUGGAUCGGCCAGCUUGAAAGCGGACAGCUCAGGAUCGGUCUCAAGCCGGUGAGCUUCCGCUUGGAGAACGGGCAGAUGGUCGACUCCAAACGACGCGGCAUGUGGUGGACACCCCCUACCGAGACGCUCCAGUGCGACCCGGGCCAGAAGCCCGACAAAGGCUGGGCGACGGGCUGUGACGGCCAGUUGAUGUUCCAGAACCAGACCAAGUUCUUCCAGUGCGAGGCCGACAACCAGACUUAUAACCUCUACAAGAAGGACGACCAGGGCGUCAACUGCGGCGAGGUCACAUUGCACAUGACAUGUGGCCGCGGAGGGGGCGAGAUGCCUCCCGGCGAGAUGCCUCCUCCCGGCGAGAUGCCUCCUCCCGGCGACAUGCCUCCACCUCCCGGCGAAAUGCCUCCACCUCCCGGCGACAUGCCUCCACCUCCCGUCGAAGGGGGCAUGCCUGCCGCCCCUUCGAAUGGAACCCAGUCUCCCACGAACGGAACUCAGGCCCCUUCGAACGAGACUGAGGCUUCUCAGAAUGCUACCGGGUCGAAGCCGCAAAUGCUCAGGCUAUGAGCUUUCUUCGAACCCUGUCGGCUCGAAAAUCUGGAGACAUGUGUUCUCGAGAAGAAAAAAACACUCGUUACUGAUUGACUGCAGCCUAUGAAAGAAGUCCACCAGUCUCGAAGAAAAAAAAAAGGCGGGGGUCGUCUUAUGUCUUGGUCCCUGUUAGUUUAGAUCAAAGUCCGGGCUAGCGGUUCCAAGGCACUUUUCUUUUGCAAAUAGUAAUGACGGAAAAAUAGUUUCCUUUCUUGUACCCAGGUUGAAUAGACAAACAUCCAGUACUUAUUACAUGCCCAAGGUCGAGGCCAUCCGAGACCCUCCCUCGUCCGAGUCCCAAACCUAGGUCCAGCAAAGCCCAUAACCCCCCUAGCCUGCCUGCCUUGCCUGCCUGUCCUAAAGAGUCGGGCUAAAGAUUUCUCGUCCCAACUC